GCCGGCGGCCGCGGGCUCAGAUCGCUGAAACCGGGGACCGCGUCCUUCUGCGUGCCGCCGCCUGGAUUACUCUUGCUGAGGACUUUGCAAUUUUUUUUCCGCCUUCUCGGGGGAGGAGUUCGCUGCCUUCCGGAGAUCUAGGACGAGCGCUCAAGCUCCGUGGGAAGGUUUUGGGCUCUCCGGCCUCGGCUUUUGCAUUUUCUUCCUCGAGACUGUCGUGGUGCUGCUUUCCACUGUGGAUUAUAACUGCAACAUGACCCUGGAAGAGCUGGUGGCGUGCGACAACGCGGCGCAGAAGAUGCAGACCGUGAGCGCCGCGGUGGAGGAGCUGUUGGUGGCCGCGCAGCGCCAGGACCGCCUCACCGUGGGGGUGUACGAGUCGGCCAAGCUGAUGAAUGUGGACCCUGACAGCGUGGUCCUGUGCCUCUUGGCCAUCGACGAGGAGGAGGAGGGCGACAUCGCCCUGCAGAUCCACUUCACGCUCAUCCAGUCCUUUUGCUGCGACAACGACAUCGACAUCGUCCGGGUGUCCGGCAUGCAGCGCCUGGCGCAGCUGCUGGGCGAGCCAGACGAGGCCCAGGGCACCGCCGAGGCCCGGGACCUGCACUGCCUCCUGGUCACGAACCCGCACACGGACGCCUGGAAGAGCCAGGGCCUGGUGGAGGUGGCCAGUUACUGCGAAGAGAGCCGGGGGAACAACCAAUGGGUCCCCUACAUCUCCCUCCAGGAGCGCUGAGACCCCUUGGCAUCAGAACCUGCCGAGUUGCUGCCACAAAAAAAAUAAAAUAAAUAUCUGACCCCUCACCCCAGAACAACCUCCCCAAACAACCCAACCCGUGAGACCAUCGGGGCAGAAUCAUGGAGAGGGGAGAGCGUGGGCGGCCGCCCCGGGGCGGUGAGCCUGGAGCAGCGCCAGCGGAGGCCACUGCGAGAGGAGCAGAGGGGGCUCCGGGCCAGCAGGAGAGGGGACCCUGGAGCUCGGGCCUCGCGACGGAGCAGAAGCCGCAGCUGGGGGGAGGCCUGGCCUCCACGCUUCGGGGGUGGGGUGAGCCCGACGGCACCCAGACCCCUCUGGAGACUGAAGCUGACAUCUGCGGCGGGCGCUGGUGGACGACGAGGGCGCGGACCCGCGCCGGGACUAACCUUUGGGACUUGGGAGCUGGGGCUGCUGGUGCCCAUGAACUCCCGGUUUGCAAACUAAAUAGACAAUCUAUUUUGUUACUUGCACUGUGACCUGAACCACUGAGAGAGACGGGAAGCUCACAGACACGUCUGUUCUUACUUCUGAGGAUGGCCUUGUAAUAAACUUCUAAAGCUUCUGGGUUCUUGUGUCUGUGCCGCCUCCGAGGGGGACCGGACCCCGCCCCCCUCACGCUCCAGCCGCCCCGCCCCGCCCCCUCCUGCAGGCUCACCAGGAAAUGUUACUUAAGUCCCUGUUAGCAGCUCCAGGCUCCUUCGCAAAAACAGUGCCUCUUCUCUCUGCAGCCGGCGCCACCCAAGUCCAACAAAUCUUUGCCUCCUUUUUUUUUUCUGCCUCCUCCUGCCCUGUAGCAAUUAAAAGACCGGUUUAUUACGAAA